AUGUCUCCAUCCAUCAGAGAACGAGCCCGUCAUUAUACAACCCUUGCGUGUGAACAAUGUAAAAAAUCCAAGACCCGAUGCGUUCAGUCCACUGAAGUUCAUAUUCCAAUAGUUAACGAGAGUAAUUCUAGUAAUAGUCAAAGUAAGGGUAGUAACGAUUGUCCAAAUGUUAAACAAGAACAAAAGGUGCCCGGAGAACAUGUCAGUUCAUUCGGAAUCAUAGGGAAUUCCAAUGAAAUAUCAAGGACGCAAGGAAAUUCAGAGAUUUUCAUCAAAAAGGAAGACCGAAUGGACGCUAAUGAAAAGGAAAACACCAAGAACGAAAUAAGUUCCGAUGUCAAAGAGGAAAUCUCCCCCAAAAACCCGUGUAAUGUUACCACAAAAGAAACCUCAGAAUUCUCAAACCUCCCAUUCCCUCUCAACAACUUCCCUGUUAAUACGAACACAAACAAAAAUAAGAUAAAUGUCGCAGACAAACCUUGUUGUCUGAGAUGUAAGAAACGAAAUCUUAAGUGUGAAUACAUACUUCCUUCUAAGAAACGCGGUCCCAAAACAAGGAAUGCCAAAAUGUCGGUGGAAAACCUAGUCACUUAG